CCAGUCCAUCCUCACCUACCGAUGAGACGCGGAGGUGCAUGCGGGAUAGUUUUUGAGACUCACCUCAAGCAUUUAAUCUGGGAGCUUGACUCUUCCCCAGACCUGCACUGAUCAAAUUUGACUGGGACUGUGCAUACGUUGUGCUCAGAAUCUCUCAUUUUCACAAAUCUAUUCAGUUUCAUUCCACCCCUCCUCCGGCAAAGUACCCCACUGCUUUAUUCGUAACUCCAAAUUCAUAAGUCACUUAGAGGGCUAUGGAAAUUACACACUUUGUCACAUCUCAAAGAGAUAAUGCGCUUCUCAUUGGGGAUUACAAUACCUACCGUGCUCAACUGGCAAGGCGGAUACGCACGCUACGUAAAAAGUUAGGACGAGCUACACCAAAGAAUGUCAAGUACUCGAAAAAGGCCCCUAUUACUGCUGGGGAUGUACAAUCAAAUCAAGAAUUCGUGCAUUUACUACUUUUAUCCUCAGAACGAGCAUGGGCACAUGCAAUGUAUAUGAAAGCCGCACAUGCCGAAGACAACACAGAACAAGGGAUCACUGGCUCAACAAGAAAGCAUAUAAUCUCGCGACUCCACAAGGCUUCUAAAAUUGCAAACGACCUGCUUGUAUUGCUCGGCGACCAGUUGACAGGUGCCGUUGAAAGGGAUCGUCUUGAGGCUCAAGCUUAUGCAUCGUCUCUGUCCGGCGCUGAGGAAUUCGAGAAACAAUCCGAAGGCAUUAAGGAUAGCGAAGCCUCUGUAGAUCGAUGGCAGCCGUGUCUCCAUCAUUUUGCUACAGCUCGUGUGAUCUAUAAUGCUUUGUUGAAGAGCACAAGAGACGACACAUAUAAAGAAGUGCUCGUAGGCUCAAUAGAUCCAAGCAUUAGAUAUGCUGCGUACUCAUCUAGCAUUCCCCGAACCGUAGCAGUCUCUACUGUCGCUAUUAAGUACUUUCCUCAAGACCGGUUGUCGGGUAUUGUUCCCGCAAUUGAGGAGCUGGAUCCUGAGGCGCUGGUAGACCCCAGCUCGAACACAGCAAACACAGCUGCGACAGAUGUCCCAAAUACCAUAACAUGGCGUGGCCGAAAGGCGAACAUCAUCGACGCAGCAAUUGGUCAAGCUCUAGCAUCUGUGGCCAUCGCUGAGACUGAACUCUCUCAAUUCCUGACAUCCGCCACUGAAGACACAACGUCGCGUGAAAAAGGGGGGGCGUAUGAUGGCAUCCUCAUCGCCAGCCAAGAUGCCGUAGACGCAACCCGCCACGCCAUCGAAGAGCUCGAGAAAGAAGGCGUUGAAGAAGGCGACUCACGUAUGCAGAACCUUCGUGUCACUAAUCUCGCUGUCAACUAUGACCUCAUCGGCUGGCGUAUUGGGCGGAAUCGCGUGCUCAUCGGCAUAGACGACGGCGCAAGCUUCGACAGCAAUGAGAAUCAGCGCCAGCCUAAACGUCCUCGAAAGGACGGCAAACAAUGGACGGUCAAGCCCGAGGGUAAUGGCCGCAGACUGGCACGACUAAGAGAACGCGUCGUCCUUCUCGACGCUAUCCUUCAAAGCAUCGACUCGGUCAAAGAACUCCGUGGUGCAGCUCGCGACACAGCAUUCAUCGACGAACUAGACGCCAAGCGCGCAUACUACCAAGCACUGAAAUGCCUCAACAUCGCACAGUCGCACAUGCUCCUCAGCACACCCAGUUCCGCCCGCUCCGCGCUCGCCCUCCUCGACCGCGCCCUCACCCUCUCCACACAAUCCAAAUCGCACAACGCAUCCCCAGCGUCUUCCAUACCACGCCUCGACCCCAGUAGCACACAUCUUGAGACCCUACACAGCAGGCUUUCCGCCCUCGUCAUCCGCCACCGCGCACUUGUCCAUCUACAAACGCUAACCUCAUCGUCUGCAACAUCUGGCAGGUCAUUGCGUCCGCUGGUAGAUAGCCUGGACAUAUACCCAGUCGGCGGUGCUAAUCUUAGCAACCUAGUCACGUAUCCACCAAAACUGCAGCCUAUACCCGUUAAGCCGCUGUUCUUGGAUGUCGCUUUCAAUUAUAUCGUGUAUCCAGGCCAAGGGGCGGUCAAAGCUGUGGAGGAGAGGGCGGAGGAAGGAAAGAUGGAGGUUGAGCAGGAUCAGACGCCCAAGAAGAGAGGGUGGUUUGGCUUUGGGCGAUAGGCUUAGAGUGGGGACAAGUAUGGGGAAAAUUCGCAGAUAGAAAGUGCAUACAAAUAUAUGUCACGUGUGAAUGCAAAAAGGUCAAAUCU